UCUGCGCAUGCGCGUGGACUUUGUGUGCUGCGUGAGCCGGCGGUUGUGGGCUUUUCUCUUGUGUCAUUGCCUUCUGUUUACUGGCGUUUUGUUGCCGCCGCUCGCGAUCCGUCGCCUUUGCCCUCAAAAGUCCGCGUUAUGGCAGACCCUCGCGUUAGGCAGAUCAAAAUCAAAACGGGCGUAGUGAAACGCUUGGCAAAGGAAAAGGUUAUGUAUGAAAAAGAAGCAAAACAGCAAGAAGAAAAGAUUGAGAAAAUGAAAGCUGAGGAUGGAGAGAACUAUGCAAUUAAAAAGCAGACUGAGAUCUUGCAAGAAUCUCGAAUGAUGAUUCCAGAUUGCCAACGAAGAUUAGAAGCUGCACAUGCUGAUCUUGCUCAGCUAUUAGAAAAUGAAAAAGAGUUGGAAGAAACUGAAGAAUAUAAAGAUGCACUCUCAGUACUCGAGUCAGUCAAGUUAGAAGCCUAAACUGAUUUUUCAGUACUUCAUGUUUGCCUUGGUAUUGGGUCCAUGGCCGCUCCUUACUUAUGUUUGGCCAUUGUUGUAUUUAUUCAAAUGAUGCUGAGAAUGAUAGUGUGCUGAAACUAUAUUUUAGGCUAUUACAAUUGAUUUAGCCCUUCUCUUUCUUUAAGAUUCUUUUGGAAGUGUUUUAUUGAAAAUUGUAUAAUCAUAAUACAAAUAAAAAUAGAGAGAAGCAAAACAGGA